GGUUCCCCUGCGCGCGGCCCCGUCGCCCCGCGCGCGCCUCCCUGACUCCCCGCGAUCGCGCUCGCGCGCACUUCCCCCGCGGCCCGCCAGCCCGCAGCCGCCGCCGUCCCAGCCCCUGGGAAAGCCGGUCGCGCCAUGUCUUCGUCUCCCGAGGGGAAGCUAGAGACGAAAGCCGGACACCCGCCCGCCGUGAAAGCCGGUGGGAUGCGGAUUGUGCAGAAACACCCGCAUUCUGGAGACACCAAAGAGGAGAAGGACCAGGACGACCAGGAGUGGGAGAGCCCCAGUCCCCCCAAACCGACCGUGUUCAUCUCUGGAGUCAUCGCCCGGGGCGACAAAGACUUCCCCCCGGCAGCUGCCCAGGUGGCUCAUCAGAAGCCCCAUGCCUCCAUGGACAAGCAUUCUUCUCCGAGAACCCAGCACAUCCAGCAGCCUCGCAAGUGACCGGCGAGGACCCAGCGCCCUCACCAGCCGUGCCUCAGUACCCCGACACUCGGUAGUUCCCUGGCAAAGAGAACUGGCAUUUUCUUCAAAACGUUGCUCCAUUGGGAAACCUAAGUCAAAACAAAGUGCCCCUUCCUUUGCCUUAAAUGUCCAUAUCUAAAUCAGAAUCAGGCCCCAACCCUUGUUUCCAGGGAGUCCUGGCUGGUGUCCUUUGAGGAUCAUUGUGACCCUGCACGUGCCAUUAGCAGAACUUGGAAAGACCUGCGUGAAAUGAAGUUGUUCAGAGUUUAGCUUCAGUUCUGGUUCAUCAGUUUCCCUGCCAGUGGUCUUCAAAACAGGCAGGCUCAAAUUUGGGAGGGUUAGAAUGAGGUCAGGGGAAAGCUCAAUCUCAUGCUUUUUAGUAAAAGGACCAUAAAGUCUUAACACCUCGUGGGGAGAGAGGUGAAGGCAUUAAUCACAGAAAGUCUGAGUGGGGAGGACUUUUGAAACAGGCAACAGCAUCCCUGAACCUCCCUCCCUUGUGUGAUGAGGGAUCACAGCACAGGGUGACGACAGGUACUCCGGGGAAAGCCAAAGAAAAGCUCCCAGCUUUGAAACGGCUCUUUUAUUACAGGAGUCCUCUUGCUGAAAAAUUUGCCCAAAGGGAGGACUGCCAGAAUGAGAUCUCUCAGUGCGGGUCCCAAGUCCCGCACUGCCCUGCCAUCCAGACAGGCUCGCCGGGAAAUCGCGGCAAACCUGCAUUUUUUAGUCAUCACCUCUAGAGCUGCCUUGGAGUUCUGGGAGUGAUCGCUGACCAGGUGGAGGAGUAGACACACUGCCAAUUCUGGAACCCGAGAGCAAGAGUGCUGAGCAUUUAUGGAAAGACAGGUGAAAAGCCACCCUUUGUCUCCCUAGGGAAAAGCAGAAAUACCACAUACCAUUUGAAAGCCUAUUCGUCCGUCAGUCCAAGUGUCUGGAAUUCCCCCUGCCCGAGGGCACAUUUGCCUGGGCCCACUGUCAUUUGGGCACCACAGCUGUCCUGUGUGCUCUGCCUGUGUUUCCUGCCCAGAGCCGCGCUAGACUGCUCGCCGGCUCAUGGCUAUCCAGUGCCUGGCUAUUCUGAAAAGCCAAAGGGCUCUUUUACUCAAAUGUUCAAAUCGCCCAGAGCAGGUGCUUUGGGAGAGGGUACGGCCCAACUGUCCAGCUCACCAGCAUGGUAUUUGCCGCAGGUCGGCAGUGUGAGCAGCCCGCACCUAGCUGACCCACCUCGCGCCCUUCCCUGUGGGCAAAGCCGGCACUGCUUCACAUUCUAAAGAUAAUGUUUGAUUUCCCAUCUCCUUGACUUGAAGAAGCUGGGGUCUCACCCUCAAGGCACCGUGUAGUCACACCCUGUAUUUCUUAAUUGCUGAGAUAUUGCUGUAGACUGAGGCUGGCUUUUGGUGAUGCAAACUGGGUGGGCAGGCGGCAUCUCAGAAGGAUGCUGAGAGCGGGCGGCGCUAGGUCAGGUCUGCGGACUGUUGCACCCUCCGCUGCAGAGAUGAAGACGCAUCCUUGACACUCUUCAGUGUCGCAGCCAGGAGCGCCGUGCUGUUUCCCAAGGUGCAUUUUUCAUGUCCCUUCAGCUACAUCUGGUGUGUGUCUGUGGGCUCUAGCUCACUGGAAAGCAAAAUGUUCUCCUGAAUGAGUCUGUCAAGUCAUUAACUUCAAGAAUAAUAAUGAUUAUAAUAAAGCUCCUGCAUUUCUUCUCA